UUUAUUAUUCGUUCCAGUUUCUAAAUCUGUUCUAAUCUUGUAACUGAUGAAAGUAAAUUAUUAUAUCUUGUUACUGGGCAUUCAUGUAACAGUCCUUAACGAGUGGGUAGUUCGUUUAAAUUAAAAAAUAUCUUUCGCAUCAAAAGUGAAUGGAAAUAACAUUGCAAUCUGCACAGCAUUCUUCAGAACAAGAAGCUACCAACAACGUACUUAAUUAGUUCUAGUUGUGGCUUCUAGAAGUGCGAACCACUUAUCAACGGUGGCCAUUGUUCAUUUACAUCACUGAGUUGGCAAUUGGAUGAUCAAGUAAAAGCUCACACUGAGGAGAUCCAGAUCUACAAUAGCAAUUUUGUGCGUUUCACCCACUGUAGUAUUUAUAUAUGUGUGUGUGUGUGUGCGUGUGUAAGAAAGAGUAGGGAAAAACGUUCUUGAGACUGAGAGACAAUUUGGUUUUCUUCGUUUGAGGUGUAGUAGUCUGGCAGCGUUAAAGGAGGAAGCAGAGGAGGAGUUGGAGGCCUGUAGCCGCACGAGACUACUUACUGCAGUGCAAACCUAGAAGAGUCGCCACAGAACUUUCUGCAAAGUUGCAUCGUUUGUGAACUGAUCAAGACGCUCCAGGGCCGUGAUUCCUGUGUGUGCGCGCACACGCCACAAGUGAUAUUAAUGCUGUAAAGUAGUUAACUCAUCGUCCAGGGUUAGAUCGAACACGUGUGCGAGCUCAAGAGUCACCAACAUGUCACUGAGUCCUUCAAAAGAAGGCAAUUGCAAUGCGAUGCUGCAGAACACAGCCAACGGCGGACCGAACACAUACGUCACUAGCAAGACAGUCCUCCUAAACUCCACGCCGGCAACGCGGUCGGACACUGCUAGAAAGGGGCAAUUUGGAGAGAGGGCAUCUGAUGGGACAUGGAAGUCAAAGCUCAAGGUUCCUCCUAAAGACACCAGAUACAGAACCUCUGAUGUCACGGACACGAAAGGCAACGACUUUGAGGACUUCUGUCUAAAGCGGCCGUUGCUGAUGGGCAUCUUUGAGAAGGGCUGGGAGUGCCCCUCGCCGAUACAGGAGGCGAGCAUUCCUAUUGCGCUGACCGGACGCGACAUUCUCGCCCGCGCAAAGAACGGCACAGGAAAGACCGGCGCGUAUGCCAUCCCUGUGCUCGAGAGGGUGGACCCUACCUUCGAUAAAAUACAAGCAAUGGUGAUUGUGCCAACGAGGGAACUGGCCCUACAAACUAGUCAGAUUUGCAUCGAGCUGUCGGCACAUCUCGGCAUCAAGGUGAUGGUAACAACAGGCGGCACCAGCCUGAAAGAUGACAUCAUGAGGCUAUACGAGAAAGUCCAUGUGAUCAUUGCGACUCCUGGCCGAAUUCUAGACCUGAUCUGCAAGAACGUGGCAAAGAUGGUUGAUUGCAAUAUACUCGUAUUGGAUGAGGCAGACAAGUUGCUCUCGCAGGACUUCAAAAACAUGUUGGACCAAAUCAUCGAUCAUUUGCCGCAUAACCGACAGAUUUUGCUCUUCUCAGCAACAUUCCCAGUGACUGUCGAAUCAUUCAUGAGGAAACAUCUGCAUAACCCAUACGAAGUGAACCUCAUGGAUGAGUUAACGCUGAAGGGAGUCACGCAAUACUAUGCUUUCGUGCAGGAGCGGCAGAAGGUUCACUGCCUCAACACACUGUUCUCAAAGCUCCAGAUCAACCAGUCGAUCAUCUUCUGCAACUCGUCGCAGCGUGUCGAGCUGCUGGCGAAGAAGAUAACGGAGCUCGGCUACUCCUGCUACUACAUCCACGCUAAGAUGGCCCAGCCGCACCGCAACAAGGUGUUCCACGACUUCCGCGCUGGCAUGUGCCGCAACCUCGUCUGCACCGAUCUCUUUACACGCGGCAUUGACAUCCAGGCAGUCAAUGUCGUCAUCAACUUUGACUUUCCCAAGAUGGCGGAGACGUACCUACAUCGCAUCGGCCGGUCAGGCCGCUACGGCCACCUCGGCAUCUCCAUCAACCUGAUCACAUAUGAAGACCGCUUCUGCCUGCACAAGAUUGAGAACGAGCUGGGAACGGAGAUCAAGCCAAUUCCGAAGGAGAUCGACAAGGCCCUGUAUGUUGCGGAGUUUCACUCGGAAGCAGACGAGGAGCAAGAGAACUAGUCUGCUCCCAGCUAUCUGUUCGCAUCGUCAUCUCGCUCAUCUGAUAUGGGUCGAUGAAAAUUACAUACCAUACACGCUCAUGAAUAAUCGGCAGCCGACGAAGCAGUAACUACCAUCUGUAUUCGUCAUCAUCAACAAGUUCUUCAUCGAAUUGCUACACACAACCACCACCGCGCAUCUGUUUGUCGCGUGUGCGUAAAACGCUGCCCGGCGUCCCUUCUCUUCCUUUUCGCUUUCCUGUUUGCUCACCUCAACAUUGCUUCGUCGGAUGUACGUGGUGCGAGGGAAAAAGCACCCGAGAAUUUCCUUUUCCUGAUAAAGAGAGGGAGCUGCAGGUGUUUCUGUGAGCGGAAGCGAGGAGGAAGAGGAUGCGCCGGCACUGCACACAAACUCGUGUUUGUGCACAGACUAUCUGACACAGUAUGACCUGUGACCUGCCAAACAACCCGCCGGAAUUCGAGUGGAACACUUAUGUCGCACAUGCUUGUGCCAUGAGUGGCUCUUGUCACCAGGUGGCGUGUGCGUGCCAUGCCAUCUCCACUUAUUUUUUUUACAAAGUUAUGUCGAUGCACGCGUUCGUGUUCAGCACCCGCGGCGGAUCGAUGCGACGGUGGACGAGUGGUGACCGAAUCAGGACUGUGGACGACUUUGUGAUACAAGUGCAUCGCCAUCGUUAGGUAAAGCCAAAGUUACCACGGUCGUGCCAUUGCGACCUGCGUCAUGCCAUCGCGACCUGGGCCGUGCCAUCACGAACUGUACCGUGCCAUCGCGACCUGCGUCGUGCCACCGCGACCUGCGUCGUGUCACCGUGACCUCGGGCGUGCCAUCGCGACCUGGGUCGUGCCAUUGUGACCUCGGUCGUGUCACCGUGACCUCGGGCGUGCCAUCGCGAUCUGCGUUGUGUCACCGUGACCUCGGGCGUGCCAUCGCGAUCUGCGUUGUGUCACCGUGACCUCGGGCGUACCAUCGCGACCUGCGUCGUGUCACCGUGACCUCGGGCGUGCCGUCGCGACCUGCGUCGUGUCACCGUGACCUCGGUCGUGCCAUUGUGACCUCAUUCGUGUCACCGUGACCUCGGGCGUGCCAUCGCGACCUGCGUCGUGUCACCGUGACCUCGGGCGUGCCAUCGUGACCUGCAUCGUGUCACUGUGACCUGGGUCGAGGUCUCUGUAAAUAUAGUUAUUGAUACGUUUAACUUUCGUUUGUCGGAAUCCCUCUCAAGCAAGAGAGCAACCAAGAGAGGCCAUUCUGUCGUUUGCGCGGCAUGUUUUGUGCGUGCUAGGCGGCCACAAACCUUUCUCGGGCAUCUCUCGGACGAGUACAGUCAGCCACCGACGAUGAGUCACAGAGGUCUAUUUGUCCCUCGUCGGGGGUGCGGGGCGGAGUCCAGUCCUUAUCUCGGGCAUCCAUCGUUUGCACGUGUACAUUCAGUUUUCCAUCCAGCUGUAUCGCAUCGUGGCUGCAUGUGUGUCAGCGAUGCAUGUGUGACAGCGCAUGCCGCAGUCGUAGAGUUCUCCGCCUAGGAAUUACCACCGGCGGAGGUAUGCUCUGCAGGAGGCAUGUGCCCCCGUGAGAAUGCGCUCUCACGCAAAGCGAGAUGAUGAGUAGGAGGAGGUGACCCCAGCUCUCAACAGUUUCUGGGAGGAGUUACGACGUUAUAUCCCCGUUGUGGUUUUGCACACGGCGGCUGUCUUUGCAUCGGGUGGGGGUUCGGUUCACCAGGUGAAUAUCCUUGGCCGACACUACGCGAAGAUUUGUAAGAUAUAUUUUUUUGUAAUCGGAUUCGGCAGUCAUCGUUUCGUUCAUGCCUCGCACGCUCUCGCCGCACCUCCAACGUACAGAUUGUUGCAUGUCCACGAAUAUGAGGGACAUCGGUUUAGCGGGAGUGGCAGUGUGUAAGUAGGGAGGUGCUGUCACGUCUGUCGCCGCGAUGUUCCUGCCUUGAGGAGCAGGGUCGCGUGUCGCCGCAAUCGAAUUUGCUCGCCCACGACUUAACGGAAUAAGGGCAGCAUUGGCGCACGUACGCGACUCGCGCGUCACCGGCCAAACGUGACGCGAUUGCCACGUGUGCAGGGAAAGAAAGAAAUUUUUACACAUGCCAUGAGAGAGAGAGGGAGAGAGAGAGAGAGAGGGAGAGAUCCAGCGUGACAGUGAGUGAUGAUAUAGCAGGUGUCACGCAACGUGUCGGCAAGGGGCAUGCCGUCAGGGUUCAGGAGUCGCCACAGAUGCUUGGUCUACGCCUACGACUAACAGGAAUUUGGGCGGGACCGUCAAAAUGUGCUGUCUCUUGUCACCCUCUGUGCGUCCUGUUGGCCACGUUGCCACGACAACAUGUGGCCGGGAUUUCCUCUGGAUGUGGGCUAGAGUGUGCGAGGUACAGCGUGUUGUAAAUACUAAUGGUGAAGACACUGCCGACUUGUCCAUUCAUUCGUUGACGAAGAAGUCGGGCGAUGAGGUCGCCGACUGCAUAACGCAUGAUUCCUUGGGGACAGGAAUUUGCCAGUUGGUCCUACUUGGAUCCCCGCGUGCCCCUCCCCUCCCAUCGUGUUUGUGCACAUGCUCAUGUGUCUGCUAU